ACCAUCAAUAAUCUUACACUUACAUCCAUCCAUACAUACAUCCUACUUCCCUUCCUACCAAUACCAACCAAUAUAUAUAAUUUAUAUAUAUAUAAUUAGGUAUAUAUGAUAGUAAGCUUUAAUUUUGUUACAUCUGGAGUGUAUUCAAAUUUCUACAAAUUACUUGUACUGAUUGAAAUGGUUUAGUCCAAAUCUGCCAGCAAUAAUCCCUCUGUCAUCCAUAUCUAUCAACUGCACUUGAAGUGCACCAAGUAGUGCAUUAUCAUACCUACUUCUUUGCCACCUGCUUUGUUCUCCGCCAGCAACAAUAAUAUUUCACAAAUACGAUUUCAUCAUUUCGCUUCAAACAGGCAUUGGAGGAACAGCCACUGAUACACCCGUCCUUCAUCACAUUCAUGGCCUCUCCGAGAAACGUACCGGGAGCCUUUCCGUCAGAUAGCUCAACAGCCGGAAAUGAGGCAGGAGAUGAUUUAGAAGUUGCCCAUGAGGAUACAGACGACGAGGAUGAAAAUGAGGAUAUGGAGGAGGAUGCCGAGGACGAUGACGAUGACGAAGCUGGUUUUGGUAGGUUCAUGCCAAUCACUAUUUUGCAAAAUCUCCCAAGAAAUCUUUGCUGAUACUUCGCUCGUCCUUCAGAUGUGCAACUUGAGAUUGAGGACGACGAAGACGAUGUAAACGACGGUGCGACUGCAGUCAAUCACGGUGAGCCUUACACAUCCUUCACCUUGCUCCAAACCAUCUGGCUUAUACUUCGGUUGCAUUUAGCUACACGAACGCAAUACCUUCUACGUGUGUUAGCUGCCGGCGCCGAUGUUCGGGGUAUGAUACGUUUUCCCGCCGACUUUGACGAGGACGAGCUUGCUUUGUGGCCACGAAGGCGGAGGAGAAGCAUGCUAGACCCAAAUAGGUUCCCGAAAGUGCCCAGUGUUGUUGGAGAGGAACUUAUGGCUUCGGGUGAUUUUGGUUCCAACGAUGCUCAAAGUCCGAGCAAAUAUGCUCAAAGUGUAGGCACGGAUAAUCAGGUCAGGAGGCGAAAACGCUUGACUAGAAAAAUAUUAGAUCGUGAAAUUGCAUCAGGGAACUUUGUAAGCCAGGGGAUAAAUCGGAGAGUAAUGGCACAAGUAAGCAGCACAAGGCAGAUUUCUAGGCAGUAUGCUGACAAAACCGCAGGAAAUGUUACCGUCCUCCAAUGCAGAUACCAUAAUCAAUUACGAUGAUCCCGUAUAUUCAGGUCAAUUUUCAGAUGAUGGCAACUUCUUCUUUGCCGUGACCAAGGAUUUUAAAGUCCGCAUGUAUGAUACAUCAAAUCCUUACAACUGGCGAUAUUACAAGACUGUCAUCUAUCCUUAUGGACAGUGUAAGUACAGCCUUCUUAUGUCUAAGUGGGUAGACUGGUUUUCAAAUAAUUGAUUAUCCCGUUACUACAUUUAAAUUUUUCCGAGCCUCCCAAUACUGCAUGUAUAUCGAGAGUUAACGGCUAGUAGGGACCCUUACUGAUGCUUCGCUGAGCCCUGACAACAAAUAUCUUGCUUAUACCUCCAUACGGAGCACCGUUUGUCUCGCUCCGACGGAUCCAAAUGACAUGGGAGAUCCUUAUAACCUGGAGCUCGGAGAACCUAGAACUGCACAAAAUCCCAGGUUUGAACGACGGGGGUCGUUUGGUAUUUGGUCUAUACGAUUUUCUGGUGAUGGACGUGAGCUUGUUGCCGGAACUACAGGUGGUUCUAUUGUAGUAUACGACAUAGAAAGCCGCCGCCCGCUGCAUAGGAUUUUUGGACACGAAGAAGAUGUUAAUGCGGUAUGUUUUGCCGACAAAUCGUCGCCUCAUAUUCUUUAUUCUGGAUCCGAUGAUACAACCAUCAAGGUAUGGGAUACUAGGAGUAUGAGUGAUAGUCGAGAGGCGGGCGCAUUCAUUGGUCACAUCGAGGGAUUAACGUAUCUCGAUAGCAAAGGAGACGGUCGUGAGUUUUCCAUCCCUGAAUGUCAGAGAUCAGCACGCUGAAAUGAUCCAGGUUAUAUCCUCAGUAAUGGCAAGGAUCAGAGCAUGAAGCUGUGGGAUUUACGUAUGGUCAUGAGUUCAGCUCAAUUUUCUAACAUUAGGGCGAAUGGACGUCGACCUGGGACAAACUUUGAUUAUCGAUGGGGAGCUUAUGAUGAAGAUGAUUGGUACCACGAUGAGAACGAUAAUUCUUUGGUCACAUUCAGAGGUCACAAAGUAAUGCGAACUUUAAUAAGAUGUCAUUUCUCUCCACCGGGAAGUACCAAUUCAAGAUAUGUCUACUCUGGAAGUGAGGACGGUAAGGUUUACAUAUGGAACAUGGAUGCAACGCUCGCAGGCAAGGUCGACGUUUUCCAAGCAACAAAAAACACAAGGCCACCCCCUUCUGACCAAUGGCAUGGAGGAUGGCAUGGUGGAUGGCACAAUAAUUUGGACGAAGUAAAUAACCCAAGUUGGAAGACUGUCGUUAGAGAUGCUAGUUGGCAUCCUACUGCUCCGAUGAUAGCUGGUGAGUCCCCUGUUUCUAAUGGUACUCCUUUUUUUAAGCUAACCAUUUCCAGCAUCUGCGUGGAACGGUUAUGGUACUGAGCAGGGCACCGUCACUACCCACUCUUGGAAUGAGGGUGCUGAAGAUGAUGAAGCGGAGCCUAAAAUGGGAUGGAGGGUGGAUGCGAAGUUACAACCUGAUCCCCGUCUUCAUGAGAGUCGUACGAGAGCCGUCAGAAGAUUUGGACACCUCAGGGCACUCUCGCCAGACUCCGAGGAUAGUGAAGAUGACGAUGACGAUGAUGACAAUGACGAAGACAACUAGGGCACAUCUGGAAGGAAAAUCGUGAAACACAGGUUGGAUGAUAGUUCUUGAGAGCUGGUUGUGUAUGGUGCGUUACAUCAUUUACCGCGUUUUCUCAAUAUCACACCACCGAGAGUUGUGCUAUCUAGAGCUGUAGUCAAUUGUAUUUUAACCGUGAAAAUGCUUCGCCUUUUCAUCCUACAACUACGUAACUCUAGACCAAAAUCUCAUUAUAAUAUAUUACAAAAGCUAAUAUUUAUUAUUAACAAAUAAAGAUUUAAAUGAGA